AUGGCCUCCUUCAGCAGCGACAAGACGCCCUCGCUGGCCAGCUCCGUCACCUUCCAGAUGCCCACGACGGUGCGGCCUGCGCCGGCCUACAUUGCGGCAUCUGUCGCCUCGCAGACGGUUACCGACCACCACAAUGCCCAGCUGCGCGACCAGGACGCCGACACAGACGAGCUGCAGAACGCCAUCUUCUCGGAACAGGCAUUGGCCCUCCUCAAUGCCUUCCUCGACCACCUGCUCUUCGCUUUCCUCUCUAGUGCGCGCUCGCCCGCCCUGACGGCCAUCCGCCCCGCCGUGUCCGACGUGCUCAAGCCGCGACUGGCCCGCGAUGCCAUUGAGGCGGCCGACGAGGAGCUGCAGGGUCUGCUGGCCGGCGAGGACGACGACGAGCUCUCCACAGCGCAACUUAGGGCUGCCGAGCGGUGGGACGUGGAGAAGGUGUGGAAGCGCACCCGCCUGCGCAUCAUGGUCUACACCCGCCUGGGCGAGCUCGAGGACGAGGACGAGGAGCGCUAUGUCCAGCAGGAGCGCGGCCUCAGCAUGGACGACGACGAGGACGACGAGGCUGGGCUGGUCGCCUGGGCCUCUGCCAUCUUCCUCACCUCGGUCAUCGAGUACGUGGCCGAGCAAUUACUACUGGUCGCCGGCUCGGCGGCCUUUUCGCGCAUGGCCGCGCGGAUGAAGAAGCUGGCCCAGCAGAACGACGACCACGAGCAGCAGCUCAUCGAGCGUCUGAUCAUCGAAGAGCCCGACGUGGAGAAGAUUGCCCUCAACUCGGCCCUCGGCAGGCUCUGGCGGACGUGGAGGAAACGCGUGCGGUCGCCCAUCACGCCCAUGUCCCCGCGAGGUGUCCAGCAAACCCCAAGCUACUCGAGCCUGCACCACCGCAAAGCCAGUCGCGAGACCAUCAACACCCUACACAGCGAGCAUGAGCCCCUGCCCGAACACCCCCCGACCGAGACCGACAUCGCCGCCAACAUACCCCUCCCCAUCGGCGACAACGACGUCAACGAGAUCGAGGUGCCUGGCCUGGCGCCCACAUAUGAAGACGGGGCGGAGGGCUCAGGCAUGCAGACGCCCGUUCAGCGUCCGCAGCGGCCGUCCAGUGUGCUUUUGCUGUCUUCACUGGUGGAGUCCUCCAUCAAGAGCAACAGGCCCCGUCCCCUGUCCAUGCCGCUGCGUCAGGCACCACAAUUCACCAUGCCCCCACAAGCUGAGGAAGAGGAUACCCCCCUACAAGCAACAGAGGAGACUGCACAAGAUACUGAGUAUCAACAAGACGAGUCGUCCGAGGAAGAUGCCUCCAUGGUGGCAUUCGCAGCGGCCACUGGCAUGGGCUUCCGAAGGAGCGCAGUUGGGCCGUCGCAGGAACCAGAGCAUCAAGCUGAGAAGGUCGAGGAGACAGAGAAGGCUGAGCAGGCAGAUGAGACGCACGAGGCGACCCCCGAAAGCCCGCCCCAGGUCAUGCGGUCCAAGAGAAUGUCAAUCGAACGACCCGGCCCUCCAGGACUGAUCCGCACGUUCUCAACCCGCAGCUCGAGCCUCAAAUCGCCCGUUGGAACCCCCUUGGCAACACCAAAAGCCCCUGUCCACUCCGAAGGGCGAUCCUAUCUCGACGACGAGCCAUCAGACGACGAGCCAGAGCAGCAUCGUGCCAUUGGCGUCGCGCGAACAUCGGACAGCGUUAUACGGUCAGCCUCAAACUCCCCAUCAGAUUCGCCCCAUGAGCGGAGGAGGCCGGGCAGUGGAGGCUACAUUGAGGUGCCACCUCGAGACUUCACGCCAACGUCGCUUACAUACAGCAACACCCCCUCGCCUGAUAGCAAGCCCAACGUGCCAGACCGUUCCGUGGCACGUAAAGAGGUCAACAGAAGGUCUUUCACUGGCGCCGAGUUGGUUCCAGGCCCCGCCGCAUACGAAGGUCCCACCAGCGCACCGAGGAGACAGGAUCUAGCCCGUUCAGCAUCGCGUGGUUCGUCACUACCAGCGUUGCAGGAAGUCGAGAGCAAUACUCCACAGCACAAAAGGAAGACGCCGUCGAUUCACACGAGCCGGAGCGUGCGUACCUCGGACAGUCCCAGGCGAAGUCCUACGUCUGCGACUGACACGUCCGAGCGACGAGCGACGAACCGCCUAUCUACGGACGAUUCGGCUCGUUCUCCGCAUGUGGCCGAUAAAUCCUCUUCGGACAACUCUUCGCUGAAGCGCGGUACAUCGACCUCAUCCUCUCUUCGGAAGCAGGGCGCUUAUCCCGUCGUCUCAAGCGGACGGGAGUCUAUUGGAAGCCACCGCUCCCGUGGACUGAGCGGCCGCAUGUCUGAAGAAGACCGCGCCCGCGAAUUCGACUCUUUGGUCAAAGGACAGGAUACGGUAAAGUUUACAUUAACCCCCGAAAGCGUGCGAACUGCUGAUGUAAGUCGUGCUUGCUUCCCUGGAUCACAUGUGCUAAUGAUCUGUAGAAGGAAUCCCCCAUCGUCAAGAAGGCGGAACUACGCAGGCCCUCCGCAUCUUCCGUCACUGUGUAUCCCCGCGUCAAUGCCGAAGACAAGUCGUUUGGCACUGCGAACCUGCCCAACACCACAGCACCGAGAGCAAAGGGACCUACCGCCGCCAAUCACAAGCCUUCACCCAGUCGGAAGGUGGUUACCAGGCCGCUUGCGAGAGAUCCGAAGAUCGAGUCUGAGUCCAUGCGUGACUUUGCUGACUUUAUUCGGUCGACUGGUCCUUCUCCCGGACAAGAGAAGCCCGUGCAGCCCUUUGUCAACAUCAGCGGGAACGGCCAAAAGUCGGGCAACCAGUCGACCUCGUCUCUCGGACGUAAGAUGUCCAUGUCGAAGCAGUCCAGCAGCGCCAACGGAUCAGCGACGCGAGCUCGCCCAAACAUGGAGCCUCGCAGUCCCGCAGGUCUAA